ACACAAAGCCACAAAGGCCUGUUAGGCUAGCUGCUUGCCUUGGCUGACGGCUCCCCCACGGACCACGGUUGUUUGGCUGCGCGGCGUGUGCCCUUGCGGUCAUUCGUCGUCCAGCCAGCCGUCCAGUGGCCUUGCCCGGCGGCCGGAGCGGGCGAGCGGCGGUCCGGCCUUCUCGGCUCCUCGCCGUCCGGCGUCCUCCGUCACUCUCGCUCAGCCGCUGUGUCCGGCCAGCAGGUAGCAGCUGUGUCCGUCCGAGUGUCCGACGUCCUCCGGCGCUCAGCCAUUGUCUCCGGCGCUCAGCCGCCUUGUCCGGCCAGCCGGCCAGGCCGACAGGGCCAGCGCCGAGCGCCGCUCCAGCCUCCAGGCUCAACUCCAAGUCAGAAUUGAGAAAUAAGAUGGAAAAUGAUUGGUUGAAUCAUAGAAUGCAGCACAAGCAGGCGCAUCACUUCGCCUUCCAUGCGUACUAGACGGUGUUGGUCGCGCUCGAGGUUUACUUACGGGGCUCCGUUAGCGUCGAGCCCCCGGAUGUGCCUCUCCUUCGGGACCUGUUCCUAAUCGAGGGCAAGGUCAGUAUUCAGUACCUGUAGUCUCAAUUGCUGUACUUCUGUUGUUUAAUCGUAUUAGAAGUCAUUACUGCUAUUGGUGCCAAAAUUAAGCUGUGGUACAUGACCAAAGCUAGCCUUAUCUCAGCUAAGCGCAUACGUAGCAUCUAACAGAAACUAUUUGGUGUUUUAAGGUGAAUGCAUUCUCAUCCACUGCUAUGUUGCAACAACAAAAUUAUAUUGUGUUCUUUGUUUACAUUAAUUUUGAUCAAAUAUGUUGGAUCUGUGUACUGCCAUUUGACUGCUGGGGAAGGGGAACCGGACGGUCGGAAGAUGACGGCGAGGAGGUGUACUUGGACAGAGGGAGAGGGAGGGCGUCCAGGUCUUUAGUAUUUUUGCCUUUUUCCCAUGUCAUGAAUAGUGAGAACAGACUAUUGCAACUAAGAAAUGGGAGCAAAAGAGAGAAAACCCUCAGAUUCAAAGAGUUCGUUUAUGCAGGGUUAAAUUUUCAAAGGCGUGUGAAUUAGAUGUCAAAUGUAGAGGUGCACGUAUUGAGGGUUAAAUAUUAACAUUUCUCCCUCACUAGUCACUAGGUAUUUAUUUUCAUCUCAUCAUGUGGAUCAUACAACCUUCUGAACAAUUUUAGUCCAAUUAUCAAAUCAAUUAGAAAUUUUAUCUUCGCCGUAGUUAUUUCUGUGUGUGAUAUUACUGGGCCCAUUCUGUGUCUAUUAGGGUAGAUGUAAAAUGGUUUGUUUUCUGCAAGGCUGCAUCUCGGCUGAGUAAAACAAGUACUGAGGCAGUAGACUGGUAUUUGCACAUCGCACAUGCUUGAAAUUGGUGAUUGAUAGAUUGUAAAAUAUGAACCGGUAGUUGAUAGACAAUAGUAAAUUGUGAAAUGUGAAUCAGUAGUUGGUAGACAGUAGAGACUAGAGACAAAGGUUUCCAUAUGCCAAAAAUUGGUGAUUGACAGAUUGUGAAAUGCGACAUGUUUAGUGUCCUAGUUCUUUGGACCCCGGUGGCUGCCACGACACCCGACACCCGCCGCCUGCUCCACCGUCGCGGCUGCUCAUGCCCUCGCUGCUGACCUAGCGCAUGCAAACCUCACAUUUCGAGGCCUAAAACCCUCAGCGUCAGUGGCCGGCACGUGGCCUCUCUAGUGCCCAUCGGUGCCAUGGCAGCUCUCGCGCCGUGGAUCCUACGGCGGCGACCCGUCCGCUCUGUCGCUUCUCUGGUCUCCAUUCGUGAUUCAUGGCAUCGAAGGUGUGGGUCCUCUUCCUCAUAUCCUUCAGCAUCGUUCAAGUGUUUGUGGGGAUGGUUUGGACCAGAGGCACACGGGCGGAGGAGGCCGUGGUUUCAGCAGCCCGUGAGGUGCGGGAGCACGACGAUCACACUUGAUACAGAUGGCAAGUUUGCGAGGUUUGGAGUCGGCGAUAUGGGUGUCACCAAGCAGAAGUGGAGGCAGCAGCCGCCUCCAAAGAAGAAGAUGUCGAGAAAGGCCAAGGUCAACCAGCUCAAGUGGUACCGCCUGAAGGCCAAGAAGAAGAUGAAGUCACCCAACCCCGAAGUUAGGAUCAGAUACAAGCUUGAAAAGGCUAAGAGGAAGGAGGAAUGGUUGAUUGAGAAGCUGAGGAAGUAUGAGGUCCCGAGGACACCGGAGCCAGUUCAUGACCCUGAGAUUCUUACUGAGGAGGAAAAGUUUUAUCUCAAGCGAACGGGGGAGAAGAAGAAGAAUUAUGUUCCUGUUGGGAGGAGAGGGGUAUUUGGUGGUGUGGUUCUCAACAUGCACCUCCAUUGGAAGAAGCAUGAGACCGUGAAGGUGGUUUGCAAGCCUUGUCGGCCUGGCCAAGUUUACGAGUAUGCUGAGGAAUUGACAAGGCUCAGCAAAGGCACAGUCAUUGAUAUUAAACCUAAUAAUACGAUUAUGUUUUAUCGCGGGAAGAACUAUGUGCAACCAAAGGUGAUGUCACCUCCUGAAACUCUUUCGAAGCAGAAGGCCUUAGAGAAAUAUAGAUAUCUACAAUCCCUUGAGCAUACCAGCCAGUUUAUUGAGAAGCUGGAGAAGGAGCUUGAAGAUUACAAGAAGCAUGUUGCUUUAUUCAAGAACCAUAAUAAGGGGGUUGCUAUUGAGAAAAUCAGCAAUGAAGAUACCACUGUUGAUGAUCCUGCAACUACCUCAGAUUCUAAAUGAGCUAACUAUUUGGACAUGCUGGCAUGAUAGAUCUUUCAGUCGUCAAAUCUUGCAAGCCUACAUAGCUCAAUGUUCACUAUUCAUAUUAAAUAUGCUGGCUUCAGUUGUGGUGAUAUAGGGAGCUAGCUUGAAAACUCAGAUUCAGAUAGAAGAAGUAAUAGCCAUAGGAUUUUAAAGGCUUGCAAGAUUAAAAUCCUGGUUGAUGGAAAGCUGUAUUACUUGAAAAAUACCUCGUUCAUCAAUCUAUCUCUAUAAGGAAAGGCUAGUAGCAUGAUACUGAGUGCAGAUCAGCCUUUUAAUAUUUCUGCAAUCUUUCCUGUAAACACUUUUAUGAUAAAAUAGGACAUUCUUUUGAAUUGUGGCCCCCUUUUAUGUAGGCUUUUCACUUCUUGGGCCUUCCUUGCUACAUAAAAGACAAUGAAAUUGUAAUUUUGGAGCUGGAAUAGUUCUGCAGGACCCUCUCAGAAAUGAAGACAUUUACUGUGCCACACGUUCACGUACUCAGUAUUCAUACACCAAUGAUGGACGUCAGAAGUGCACAAGAUUUCUGUGCGUCAUUUGGGCAUUGGUGCAUGAACUUUGAAACAACUUGUUGGUCUACAUUUGUGUGCUUUUUGCAGGUACUGGGCCGUUCCUGAGCUGAGAAGAUGGGCAUGUGCAGAAGCACAAUGAUGACUUUAAGGAUUUGGCUUGAUAAAAAGGAAGCGAAAAGACAGCUUCGUCAGAGAUAGAGCUCUAGUCCUACGGGAGUUGCACUCUGCUGCACAGCGCGAGUCUUGCAUUGGCAACAAGAAAUUCUGGAAAGAGAGAACCUACCAAGAGCUGAGACGUCUAUUCAUGGAAUCGUGACAAACAUCGAUGGUUGCAGCUUUCUCUUUCCAGAAAGACCUGAUCUGAAGUCUGUAGUGCUUAAAGAGCAACCAUUCUCUUUGCAGAGGGAAACAUCGAUGAACAAACCAUUUUUCAUGCUGUUGACAUUAAAUUUCAGUGAUGGUUGCAGCUGUUUGAGCUCCUCAAUUGGAUGGCCUGUUGAUUUUCAGAAGCGAAAAGACAGCUUCGUCAGAGAUAGAGCUCUAGUCCUACGGGAGUUGUACUCUGCUGCACAGCGCGAGUCUUGCAUUGGGCAACAAGAAAUUCUGGAAAGAGAGAACCUACCAAGAGCUGAGACGUCUAUUCAUGGAAUCGUGACAAACAUCGUUAGGUAUGACACUGAAGAUGAAAAGUUGGCUCCACCCAAGAAUGAUUUGAUGAAUCACAGCCGCAGCAACCCUGCAAAACGGCACGUGGAAGGCACUGAUUGCCACUCGUCAUUGCCAAAGAAACUGAAGUACUUUUUGAAAGACAAGAAGCUGAACUGCUAAAAGUGUAAAACCGUAGAAGGUAGAUAGAGAAUGCUGUAGGUUUGUUUAUUUUGGUUAUUAGACGAGUUAUACAUAGCAUAGAUGCAUGGGAAGUUCGCAUGCUAAGGUUGAACUCUUCUGCUGCAUAGGAAAGUUGGCUGACUUCUUAUAUUAUGCGAGCCUAGCUUAGGUACCUCCUGUGGGGAGAAGCGAUUGCAAUACAUGGUAGCAUGUUGUAGAGCUCCUCA